AUGUCCGUCGAGCUCGACCCCGUAGAGCUUGGUUUCAAGCGACCCUUCCAGCACGAGGUGUCGCAGACCCUCCGCUUGAAGAACCCGCACUCUGACCCGAUUGCCUUCAAGGUGAAAACCACGGCCCCCAAGCAAUACUGCGUGAGACCGAACAGCGGACGCAUCGAGCCUGGCAAGGAUGUCGAAGUUCAGAUUCUCCUCCAAGCCAUGAAGGAGGACCCACCGCCAGAUGCGAAGUGCCGCGACAAGUUCCUGGUGCAAUCUGUACUCGUCACCGCAGACAAGGAGUUCACCAACGUUGGAUCUCUGUGGUCGCACAUUGAGCAAACCGCCAAGUCUUCCAUUCAAGAGAAAAAGAUCAGGGUUCUCUUCCUCGCUCCCGACGAUGCCUCCUCCAGCGCAACUCCCGCAAGAACCAACGGUGUUAGCCGCGAUUCGAUGCUCUCUUCUCCGUCACCCGAGGCCGUGACUCCCCAGCGUGGCGUAUCAGACGCUUCGGGGCCUGUCUCCGUUCCCCAGGACCGCCCGUCAGACAGCAAGAACUUGGGAGAGAUUAGGAACGAGGCAUACAACCCAGCAACGGGCGGCAACAUGCAGUCGAGCUUCAGCUCUGCCGCUGGGACCGUCUCUAAUGCUCUACCAUCCUCGAGCGAUGUCGAGGCUCAGCUUGCUGAAGCCAAGGCGCAGAUUGCGCGAUUGACACAGCAAGUUAGCGAGGCGACCGGUCUCCGCCAGCGAAAGACAGGAUCCGCGCAGGACUCGAAGCAAGAAACAUCGUCCUCGCUAAGCACACAGCAAGCUCCCGCAGGCGGUGUGUCUGUCCAGAUCACAGCCCUUCUGUGCCUCAUCAGCUUCCUGAUUGCUUACUUCCUCUUCUAA